UCUCUUUGCGCCUUUUUUUUACCCUUAUUUAUUUCCAUUUCUCUCUCUUCGAAGAUUCAAUGCCAGGCGGGAACUCUGCCUCCGGCGCCAGGACCGGCGUGAGAGUCGUAGUUGCAGGCGACCGUUUAACCGGGAAAUCUAGCUUGAUUGCGGCCGCUGCCGCCGAGUCUUUCCCCGAGAACGUCCCUCGCAUACUUCGUCCUACUCGCCUUCCCGCUGAUUUCUUCCCUGAUCGUGUGCCCAUCACCAUCAUCGACACUUCUUCCGCCUUGGAGAGUAGAGGCAAGCUUUUUGAAGAAUUGAAGGGGGCUGAUGCAGUGGUGUUAACUUAUGCUUGUGAUCAACCUCUGACAAUCAGUCAUCUGAGUAGUUUUUGGCUUGAGGAGCUCCGGCGAUUAGAGAUCAAGGUACCAAUUAUUGUAGUUGGUUGCAAGCUAGAUUUGCGAGAUGAGACUCAGCCUGUUAGCCUGGAGCAGGUCAUGGGGCCAAUCAUGCAACGGUAUAGGGAAAUUGAGACAUGUAUAGAAUGCUCAGCGGUUACCCUUAUGCAGGUCCCAGACGUUUUCUAUUAUGCUCAAAAAGCAGUACUUCAUCCAAUAAAUCCAUUAUUUGAUCAAGAAAAUCAAACUUUGAAACCUCGAUGUGAGAGGGCGUUGAGAAGGAUAUUUCUUUUAUGUGAUCGUGACAUGGAUGGUGCACUCAAUGAUGCAGAGUUGAAUGACUUUCAGGUUAAGUGUUUUAAUGCUCCCCUGCAGCCUGCUGAAAUAGUGGGUGUGAGAAGAGUCGUGCAAGAAAAGAAGAAAGAAGGUGUUAAUGACCUGGGUCUUACCCUUGAAGGGUUCCUUUUUCUCCACACUCUUUUUAUAGAUAAAGGGCGACUUGAAACAACUUGGGCUGUGUUGAGAAAAUUUGGCUAUGAUGAUGAAUUAAAACUCAGAGAUGAUCUUCUUCCUGUUCCAUCUAAGCAUGCUCCUGAUCAGAGUAUAGAACUGACUAUUGAAGCUGUGGAGUUUCUUCGUGGUAUCUUCCGAUUGUUUGACAUUGAUAAUCACGGAGCCCUACGACCUGCUGAUCUUGAUGAACUAUUUUCAACUGCUCCAGAAAAUCCUUGGUGUAAGGCUCCUUACAGGGAUGCUGCAGAGAGAACAACACAGAGGAAUUUAACUCUUAAGGGUUUCCUAUCUGAGUGGGACCUUAUGACGCUGCUGGAUCCAAAGGGUAGCUUGGCUAAUCUGAUAUAUGUUGGUUAUAGUGGAAAUCCUGCUUCAGCACUGCGAGUUACUCGAAGAAGAACAGUGGAUCGCAAGAAGCAACAAACGGAAAGAAAUGUUUUUCGUUGCUUUGUUUUUGGUCCUAAAAAUGCUGGAAAGUCUGCUCUGUUGAACUCAUUUUUAGAAAGGCCAUUCUCAGCAAUUCACAAUCCAACAAUGGCUGAGCAUUAUGCAGCAAAUGUUGUUGACCAGCAUGGGGGCAAUAAGAAGACUCUUAUUUUGCAAGAGAUACCAGAAGAUGAAGCAAAGAAAAUUUUGUCAAAUAAAGAAUCUUUGGCAGCUUGUGAUAUUGCUAUUUUUGUCUAUGAUAGUUCAAAUGAAUAUUCGUGGAAAAGAUCUUGUGAAGUGCUUGUGGAGGUAACCAGGCGAGGGGAAGAAAGUGGCUACGGGGUGCCUUGCCUUCUUGUUGCAGCCAAGGAUGACUUGGAUCCAUAUCCAAUGGCAGUACAAGAUUCACUAGCGGUUUGUCAGGAAUUGGGAAUAGAGGCCCCUAUUCCUGUCAGCGUAAUAUUAGGGGAAACAAAUAAUGUGUUCUGCAGAAUUUUAAGUGCAGCUGAACGCCCCCAUUUGAACAUUCCUGAAACUGAGGCUGGUAGGAAACGCAAGUACUUUCGCCAACUUGUCAGUCACUCUCUUCUGUUUCUGUCAGUUGGGGCUGCUUUCACUGUUGUCGGAGUGGCAGCUUUUCGUGCCUACAAUGCAAGGAAGAAUUCUUCCACUUAGAUUCUGAGCCUGCUAUCAACUGCUCUGCUAUUUUUCUACUUCAAAAGAAGGUUUCCCAAUUUUGCAAGCAGGAACACGAGAGGGAAUCCUUGUACAUAAAAUGUUUACAUCCGUUUUAACUACUGUAUCUAUUCUUUUAUUAUUAUUAUUAUUUAUUUAUUUACUUAAAGGUCGGUAAACCACAUGCUGUAUUGUUCUUUGUGAAAGAUAUUCUGGAUUUUGGUCU